AUGACCACGAGCAACUCUCCGGAGCCUGUAGCCGACCCGGCCAGCGCCUCCGCCGCAGCCCCGUAUGGGACACGAUCUAGAGGCCGCAAUGCUCCUCGGCCUAACUACGCAGAGGACCGGGACAUCGAAAUGGACUUUGAUGUCGCCCCCGCCAAGCCUGGAAACAAGCGCAAUAGUGGCGUGGCCCUGAACAACAACGUUCCAAACGGCUCCAAAUCCGACAGCGAGAAGUCCUCGCCGGUGCAACCACGGAAGACCGUGACAAAUGGCGCCGCUAAUCCCGCGCCCAAAGAAUCCAUCCCCGGCACUUCGUCCUUCUCGGCGCGUCCCGACGACGUCAAUGGGACCAGCUCGGCACGGAAGCGCAAGCAGCCUGCCAGCACGCCGAAUUCCAAUUCCACCAGCGGCGGAAAUCCCGCCAAAAGAGUCUUCACGGCUGCGCCGGGGGAUUCUGACAGCGGUUCUUUCACUAAUAUGAUGAGCUUUGAGGCCUCCGGCCCACACCUCAAAGAUGGCCAAAUUCAGUCAGACGAUGGCACCACAUUUGCCGUAAAUGAUCAUGUAUAUUUGAUUUGUGAACCUCCUGGUGAGCCAUACUACCUGGCUCGAAUCAUGGAGCUUUUACCUUCCAAAACCAAAGAGUCGGGUGUGAUUGAAGCGUUGCGGGUAAACUGGUACUAUCGUCCCCGCGACAUCCAGCGCCACAGCGCCGACACCCGACUUGUAUAUGCGUCGAUGCAUUCGGAUACAUGUCCCCUGUCGUCGUUACGUGGGAAAUGUCAGAUUCGCCAUAUGUCCGAGAUCGACGACCUGACCGCGUAUAAAAAGACGCGAGAUGCGUUUUGGUAUGACAAGAUGUUCGAUCGUUAUAUUCACCGCCUGUACGAUGUGAUCCCGACGAAAGAUGUGAUCAAUGUGCCGCCCAACGUCAAGCGCGUGUUGGAUGAUCGCUGGAAGUUCAUCCUGGUGGAAAUGGGCAAGAGCAAGGAAUUGACGGGUGCCGUGAAGACGUGCAAGCGUUGCCACCUAUUCGCCGCAAAUGCCGAGUCUGUGGAUUGUGCAGUCUGUCACUCGACGUAUCACAUGUCCUGCGUUCGACCUGCGCUCACGAAGAAGCCCGCCCGUGGCUUUGCUUGGGCUUGUGCACCCUGCAGUCGCGCCCAGGAGCGCAAACUGGAAGCCCGCAACACGCCGAUCAUUGGCGCGACCAAAGGGGAAGGCGAGGACGAGGUUAUGGAGGAGGAGGAAGAGCACCAUGCGAAUGGUGUCGCCAACGGAACCUCAGUCAGUACCCCAGCCGCCAUUGAGGACUCCAUGCCUCAGCCAGAAACCGCAGAGCAGAUGGCACAGGCACGGAUGUGGCCAUACCGUUAUCUGGGUAUGCAUUGCCGCGUGGAGGAUGCUCUCGACUACGAUGACCGGAUUUACCCUCGUGCCAGUUCUCGACUCGGGCCACGACACCAGGCGAUCGUCAACCCCUGGCCUGGACGCCCAGUUGAGUAUGUGAAACCUAUGGAGCUCAAAAAGAAGUACUCAAGACAGUCGGGCGGUGCCAAGCUUGCACCCAAGGCUGUAAUGGAGGCCAUGAAACAAGAAAAGGCCACUCGGCCCAAAUGGGUGCAGGAUUCACCACCAGGCUAUAUUCAGCGCGGAGAAGACGAACCUGUCGCCAUCACCAAUGCAAAGCAGGGACGUACUGCCGAACUUAUUUUCAAGAUGCCGACUGCAGAGCAGCUCCCCACGCGAGGCGAAGACGACGCGCCCGGCUCUCAUCUAAGUCCUGCAGACAGGGAGGCCUUUAUUGACGAUUACAUGCGACGCGCCAAAGAGCUGGCACCGGAUGUUGGAGUUGAGAAGACUUCCACCAACUUUUUGGACAAGGCGAUUGAGCUGCUCUAUUCCGAAGGCUUCGAUGCCGACGCCGCUCUUGCCAAGUUGAAGAAGGUUAACAAAUAUAAGGAUCUCAAGGAGCCCCACCUUCGACCAGAGGAGCUGAAAUUGUUCGAACAAGGUGUGGCCAAGUAUGGAUCGGAAUGGCGCAAUAUCACCAAGCAUGUCAAGACUGUCCCACACUUCCAGAUUGUGCGAUUCUACUAUAUGUGGAAGAAGACUCCCCGUGGUCGGCAAAUCUGGGGCAGUUACGAAGGCCGACGAGGCAAGAAGGAGGUCCGCCGGCAGAGUGUUGCGACCUCUAAGCUGCUCGACGACGUCGCCGAUGAUCACGAUGAUUCUGCCUUUGACAAUGAGAAAGCGGCGACUCUGAAACGUGGGUUCCAGUGCAAAUUCUGCCUGACUCGCAGCUCUCGACAGUGGCGACGCGCUCCUUUAGUCCCACCUGGCACCACCGUACCUUCGGACCCUUCUGCCAAGAAAGAUAAGGGACCCAUGCUCACAGUCUCUCUCUGCCUUCGUUGUGCCUUGCUGUGGCGGAAAUACGCCAUUCAUUACGAGGAUAUUGAUGAAGUCGGGAAGAGAAUUGCAGCUAGCGGCAACAAGUCCUGGAGGAGGCGCAUUGACGAGGAGUUGCUGGCCCAGAUGAUCGUGGCCACUGAAACCCCUUUUACUAUCAGCAGCCUCACAGCUACUACUGCAUCCUCCAUUGGAAUUCCUGUCGACAUCAAUCCUCACCUGCAGCAGGAAAGCAAGUUGGACAAGAAGAAGCCGCGUUCGGACGUUCCAAGCACAACCACUUCCACACCGACAUCGGUUGAGCCCAUGCCGAAGAAGAAGGAGAAGGUGGUUGGCGUCGAGAAGGUCGCUGCUGACGGGCCGCCCGUUGUUCCUGAUCCACCCAGGGCGAAGACUCUUCCGUGUGCAAUCUGUAACAAGGUCGAGCCAUCUGGCGACGAGCAUCUCUCGUGCCGAGAUUGUCGGCUGACCGUUCACCGCAACUGUUACGGAGUGCCGCCAUUCCGGGCUGGUAAUAAGUGGCUCUGCGAUAUGUGCUCUAACGACCGCAGCCCCUCGAUCUCGACCACCUACGAAUGUGUUCUUUGCCCAGUGACAUACACCGAGCAUGAUCUGAUGGAAACCACAAAGAACACUAGUCGGAAGAAGUCUGAUCGAGACAAGGAGAAGGAGCGACUCGAAAAGGAGAUGGUCACCGAAGCCAUCAAGCUCUAUCGCCAACGCCAAGAAGCUGUUGGCAAACCCGUCGGCCCUCGGGAGCCUCUGAAGCGCACCGCCGGUAACAACUGGGCUCAUGUUAUGUGCUCCAUCUGGACCCCCGAAAUCAAAUUCGGGGACGCCAAGGAGUUGGAGCCCGCCGAAGGCUUUGGUUCCAUCCCCAAGGAUAGGUGGCGCGAGGAGUGCAAAAUCUGCAAGUCCUCCAAGGGGGCCUGCGUGCCUUGCCAUUUCGUUGGCUGCAAUACCUACUUCCAUAUUGCUUGCGCCUUCCAAGCAGGAUACCGCUUGGGAUUUGACGUGACCCCUGUGAAGAGCACUCGCAAAGACAAUGUACAGACUAUCCGUCUGGGCACCGAGCUAGGCGUUGCUACACCUGUCAUCUAUUGUCCCAGCCACACUGUGUCAGCCACCGUUCACGAUAUUGGCGAAGCAGCAGGCUCGGAUGGCCUCAAUGCACUCCAACUGUUCGCUCGAACAUACAAGCAAGCUGAUCUCACAUUGACCGGAACCUCUCGAAAGGCAGCAUACGUGCAGCAAUCGGUCACAGCUCCCGUCCAUCACGGCAACGGGGCGGUCCACCAACGGACUUCGACAAUCACUGGAUUAGCGGCUGUUACCAAAGAAACCCACAAGCCUCACCCUGCUCCUGAGGAUGCCGCGGAUGAAAUGGAUAUUGACACGGAGGAGCAUGCAGCUGCGCCCAAGCAUGUGACCGGGGUAUCGACAAACCGACGAUGUGUGCGAUGCGCAACAGAUUACAGUCCUAGAUGGUGGCCUAGCCAACGACGUGGCGAUCCUCGAGCUCCAUUUACGCCGAAUGGGGUCGGCCUCAACUCCAAUAGCCCAUCGUUCCCCUCUCGUCGUCUAUCAUUUGCGCAAUCCAACGGAGACGUUGGGGAGAUGACCUACGAAUGCCACAAGUGCCACUUGAAGCAUCCACCUGUGCCUGAGCCUGCGCCUGCGCCUGCGCCUGCGCCUGCGCCUGAGCCCCGGCCCUCGCCCUAUUCGGCUCCGCGCCCUGCAAUGUUCUCAGCUCCACGCAUGGCCACUGGUCACAAUGGCCAUGCUCAGAGUAAUGCUCACGGUCCUGGUCUCGGCCACACCUUUGUGGCGCAUUCACAUUCGCAUCCUCCCCCAACGGGCGUUCUUGGACGGCCUCUACCUCCGGCUCAUUCUCACAGUGCUCUUUCCGGGUAUCCGGGGUAUGACCGAGCCGGUCGCAGCCCCGAUGUCCGCAACGGCAUGUCGCCAGCUGGGUAUCCUGCGGGGCCUCCUCCUCCCCAUCACUUAGGUAGCUACCCACCAGCUCAUCCGACAGGCCAUUCUUCAUCUCCUUUCGGCACUGGACCUCCUCCGCCACCCCCGACGCAGGCGUAUCCAGCUCAUCAGAGCCCUUAUGCUCCCAUGUCGGCUCGAUCACCGCAUCUCUCACAGCCGCCGCGGGCGUACCCGGCAUCUGUAUCUCCGCCGAUCGUACAAGCGACCGUUAACCGUUCACCUCAGACUGCUCUCAGUGCGUUGAACGGAGGUCCGCCUCCACGAUUGUACUCGGGGGAGCGUGAUCUGGGGGCUCCUUCCCAUUCACCCCCAUCCGCCCAAGCUCGCCUCGACCCGCGCGGGCCUACUUCUCCGACUCGAGUAGACUCGUCGCAAUCCCUGGCUAGCAUUCUCGGCGGAGCUCCCAAUGCUCGGCGACACUCGGGCAUAAAUGGCACGAGUACUGGGUCUGGAGCGAGUGCGAGUCCGUCACUCAAAAAUCUUCUCUCGUGA